AUGUCGUCCGCGACCAGCUUUUACGAUUUUGAGCCCGCCGACAAGAAGGGCGAACCCUUCCCCCUCUCCUCGCUCAAGGGCAAAGUCAUUCUAGUCGUCAAUACCGCCUCCAAGUGCGGCUUCACCCCGCAGUUCGAGGGUCUCGAGAAGCUCUACAAGGAGCUCAAGGCUCAGUACCCGGAGGACUUCACCAUCCUGGGAUUCCCCUGCAACCAGUUCAAAGCUCAAGACCCCGGUUCCAACGAUGAGAUUCAGUCUUUCUGUCAGCUCAACUACGGCGUGACCUUCCCCGUGCUGGGCAAGCUGGACGUCAAUGGCGACUCUGCCGCACCUGUUUUCACCUGGAUGAAGGAGAUGAUGCCUGGCACCCUUGGCCUCAAGCGCGUCAAGUGGAACUUCGAGAAGUUCCUGAUCUCGGCUGAUGGGAAGGUCGUCAACCGCUGGUCAACGAUCACCAAGCCCGAAACCCUGAAGGAUCCCAUCGUCCAGGAGAUUGAGAAGGCGCAGAAGGCGGGUACUCUGGCUUCGGCUCAGAAGGCUGGUGAAGGUGCUGAGCAGACUGAGCAGGCUGAGCAGGCUGAGCAGGCUGAGCAGGCUAAGCUUUCGUGA